AUGAUUCAUUUAGUGUUUAUAAGUGCCUUAUUGGUAGAAGUCCGGAGUUUCUCCGAGUUGCAUCCGAAUUUGAGAAUUGUUGGAGGCACGGAAGUAUCUAUUGAAGACGUUCCUUAUCAAGUGUCCUUGCAUGUGUCAGGAGAACAUUUUUGUGGUGGUUCGGUUAUCGGUAGGAAACAUAUCCUAACAGCUGGUCAUUGUGCAAUAGGCAAUUUUGAAGCGGAAAUUCCACUUAAACAAGCUGUCUUUAUUUUCAGGGCUUUUAAAAGCGUCAGUGAAUUAACCAUUUUAACAGAAACCGAUAUCAAAACUAAAGGAGUUGAGAGUACAGCUAUAAAUUGUUUUGUUCAUCCGAAUUUCGAUAUGGAAGGUGAUUAUGAUAUUGCGAUUAUCGAAUUGGAAGAACGAUUGGAUUUCAACGAAAAAUGUCAACCAAUUGCAUUACCGCGAGCAAGUGAAGAAGUCUGUAAUAAUGCUUUAAUGUUAGCUUCUGGUUUUGGUAAUCUUGGUUUUAAUAUAACAAAUGAUAGUGGAACACUUAGAGCCGUUGCCGUGCCUAAACUUGAAGAUGGUAGAUGCUUUGAAACCUACUACCAUUUAGGUGGUAUCACAGCAAGGAUGUUUUGUGCUGGUUUCGAAGAAGGUGGAAAGGGUGUUUGCAUGGGGGAUUCUGGAGGACCUCUAGUUAGGAAUGGAAUACAAUACGGUGUUGUAUCUUGGGGAAUGUCCUGCGGUGAGGCUCACUUUCCAGCAGUUUAUACCCGUAUUGCAUCACCACCAAUUCGGGAUUGGAUUAAAACCACUGUUAAUAUUUAA